AUGGAAGAAAUGAUCAAGUUUAAUGAAACCACUGGGAGCCAGGUGACCGAAUUCAUUCUCAUGGGCAUCACAAACCGUCCUGAGCUUCAAGGACCUCUCUUUGUUGUGUUUUUCUUCAACUACAUGGCCAUAGUACUGGGAAAUCUGGGCCUUAUCAUCCUAACCACUGUUGAUCCCCACCUCCAAACUCCCAUGUACUAUUUUAUCAGACAUCUGGCAUUUGUGGAUCUUGGCUAUUCCACGGCAAUUGGUCCAAAAAUGCUACUUAGUUUCCUGGAAAAGAAAAAUAUCAUUUCUUAUUAUGGAUGUGCCAUACAACUCUUUUUUAUUGUGAUAUUUCUCACAAGUGAAUUUUUCAAUCUAUCAGCCAUGGCUGUUGACCGCUACGUGGCUAUCUGUAAGCCCCUUCUCUAUAUGGUCAUCAUGUCUGACCGGGUAUGUUGGAUCUCAGUGGCUAUCUCAUAUGUUUAUAGCAUCAUAGUAGCACUCCUGGUCACCAUAAAGAUUUUUCAAUCAUCUUUUUGCAAAUCAAAUGUAUUAAGAUAUUUCUACUGUGACAGUCUACUUCUAGUGUCCAUUAUAUGCUCAGAUACAAGUGAAAUUGAACUAAUUAUUAUGACAUUUGCUGCACUUAAUAUGGUUUCUUCACUCUUCAUUAUCCUUUUCUCCUACAUGCUCAUUCUUGUAGCCAUUCUCAGAAUGAACUCCUCUGAGGGCAGGUACAAAGCUUUCUCCACCUGUGGCUCUCAUCUCACAGUUGUGGUUGUGUUUUAUGGAACACUUCUCUUCAUGUAUCUGCAGCCCCAUUCUAGCCAUUCUUUUGACACAGACAAGAUGGCAUCUGUGUUUUACACUUUGGUCAUCCCCAUGCUUAAUCCUUUGAUCUACAGCUUGAGGAACAAAGAAGUGAAAGAUGCCUUGAAAAGACUCUUUAAAAAAUUGACGCAAACACUGCCUUUCAUAACCAAUAUAAAAUAG